AUGGCGGACGGCGACCGGACACCCACAGGCGGAAAAGGCAGCCAGCAGCCUCCGGGCUCGCGACAAGGCAGCUCUUAUGGCGGCGACACGCCUACAACAGGUGCCGAGUCUGCGCGCAGGCGGAUCCCCGGCGCAGCGCCAACAACAAGCUAUGCAGGCUCCAUCACGUCCUCGAUCGACCGGCGCCUACAGAGCAUGACGCCGUCUGAGCCCAGCUCAAAGCCCAAGAAGCCCCCAAUGAGCCGCCGUGCGACAUCGUCCAAGUUCCCGCACAAAGGCCAGGAGUUCAGUGUCGACGACGACGCAGACGAGGUGCAGGCCGAGACGGAGCAGCAGCAGAAGCGCCAAGGCCAGACGUUGCGCCGCAAGCCCUCCAACGUCCGUCGGCCAACUGGUGCAGCGCGAGGUCCGACUCUCACGACCAUUGAGUCCACAGAGGACGACGCGGUUGAAGAACAGAACGCCAGGGCACCAACGGACCCAGAAGGACAGCCCGGAAGCUCGGAAGAAGAGACAAUACGCGCUGAUGAGGACGACAGCGGCACAGGCGACAACGAGGAUGAUGACGGCGACUUGAGCGACGCCGAAAGCUUCACCCUCAAGGACCGUCAGGAUGCCAUCAACGUCACGCAUCCCUUCGGUAUCAGGAUCUGGAAGCCCGCCUUGUACAAAAAGGGGCGUUCAGUCCAGCGAAAUGCUGAAGCAGACAUUCACUCAAACCCUGGUCUGUUCGUCAGCAAGUGGUUACUGCUCUUCAACAUUGCUUGGACGCUCGUGUUUGGUUGGUGGCUGUCACUCAUGGCAGCUGCUGGCGCCCUGCUCUGUGCCAUCCUCGCUUUUGAUGAAAGCUGCAAAGAGUACUCGCGGCUGCUCUUCCAUCUUGCGGUAUACGUCUUCUACCCAUUUGGACGAUAUGUCAAGCUUCUCCAGGACGAUCAAUACGCCGAAGAGGACGAGGGCGAGGGCCGCAGCAUCAGCGAGUACGAGCAAUGGCAGAGCGGCGACAUUGAGGAAGGGCGGCUCUUUUUCGGUCCUACCGCUGGCCUUUCCUCUCUUGUAGGCCGUCGACGCAACAGCAUCGACUCGACUGGCGGUGAGACGACAAGCCUGCUUGGUCGCGAAGGUCGGGCCAACAUGGUGCAUUCGGACACUGCAAGGACGAAAAACCGCUUCUUUGGGCGUGGAAAGUGGAAUCUUGGCCGUGUUGUCUUCUACGUCUACUUCUAUGGUAUCAUCACUCCAGCCUUCUUCCUGGUCUCUGGUGUCUGUUGGUUCCUGGUCUUCUCCAUCCCAAUGGGCAAAGUCAUGCUACUUCUGUUCGACCAUCUGCGUCGCCACCCGCUGGCUCUGUCUUUCCAUUCUGACAGCGGCAAUGUCCGUCGCCCUGGCGAGUCGUCAUCUAUUCUCUUGUGCACCUAUCGGGCCGUUGGUAUCAAGUACUGGAAGUACACCAUUGACGGAACAAACAUCUUCCUGAUCAAUUUACUCGGACUGGUAGCCUUCACGAUCUUCGACUACUUCGUCUUGUUCGACAUGCUGGGUUACAGGAUCUGGAUCACGGAUACCCUGCUGGUCUUCACGCUUGCACUGCUGUCGAUCAUCCCUUUGGCGUACUUCAUCGGUCAAGCUGUCGCUUCCAUCUCUGCUCAGUCGUCAAUGGGUGUUGGCGCGACCAUCAAUGCUUUUUUCUCUACCGUUGUGGAGGUUUUCCUAUACUGUGUGGCUCUCAAGCAAGGCAAGGCGCAGCUUGUGGAAGGAAGUAUCAUCGGCAGCAUCUUUGCCGGUAUCCUGUUCUUGCCCGGCUUGUCCAUGUGCUUUGGUGCUCUUAAGCGAAAGACACAACGCUUCAACGUACAGUCAGCAGGUGUCACAUCCACCAUGCUGCUCUUUGCAGUCAUCGGCGCGUUCGGUCCUACAUUGUUCUACCAGAUCUAUGGCAGCCACGAACUCAACUGUCGCCAAUGCACCCAUGGUCAAUCUCACAUGGGUCACAUCGAAACGAGCUCUGAACGCGACUGUCGAAGGUGCUACUACUCCCAGACGCCCGCUUUGCACGACCGCUUCUACAAUGAAGCAGUCAAGCCAUACACGUGGUUCUCAGCAGCGCUGUUGUUUCUGUCAUACGUUGUUGGCCUACUCUUCACCCUGCGAACACAUGCAGCAACCAUCUGGAGUAACGAGCCUGACGAAAAAGAGAAGAAGCCUUUCGACACAGUUGCAAACAGUCUCAGCAACAGCGGACACCUGGACUUCCCCCACUCUACCAUGUCACGAACAGCGACUGGACAGUCCGUAUCUCGUGCUCACAUUCGCGAGACCCAGUUGUAUAAGCGCAUUGUUGGUCAAACGCAACACGAAUUCGGCCUUGGGCCGGAAGGUCAGCCCAUGGCUGGCAGCCCACCAAACAGCAAAGUGGAUGGCAACACUCCACACUUGGUUCCACCCAAGGACAGCAACGAGCACGAACAUUUUCACGUCGAAGGUCUCACGGACGAAGCAAGCGACGCACUCGUACGACACAUCACUGAAAUCGCAGCCACCACCACCGCCCUUGCUACGCGUGAUGUUACCAGGGCGCCCCACAAAGCUGCAAGGAUGGCCAGUACACCAAGCAAGGACCGACCGCAUCAUCACCGUACUGUGACUGCCGCGACCGAAGGUGCACCAGAGGAGCAAGACGCCGGUCACGCCGCAGGUGGACACGAUGCACCCAACUGGAGUCGACAGAAGAGUGCGGCGAUUCUGCUUACUGCCACGGUCGCAUAUGCCAUCAUCGCUGAAAUCCUUGUCGACACAGUCGACUCGGUGUUGGAGGGCUCGGACAUUGACGAAAAGUUUCUGGGUAUCACGCUCUUCGCUCUUGUUCCUAACACGACCGAGUUCCUCAACGCCAUAUCCUUUGCUAUGAACGGCAAUAUUGCGUUAUCUAUGGAGAUUGGUUCGGCCUAUGCUCUGCAGGUGUGUCUGCUACAAAUCCCUGCACUCGUUUUCUAUAGCGCCGUACACGCUACGAACAUUCCUGCUGGCGAGAUUGCUAAGCAGACUUUCACACUCAUUUUCCCGCAGUGGGACAUGGUAACGGUCAUUCUUUGCGUCUUCCUUCUCUCGUACAUGUACGGUGAAGGUAAGAGCAACUACUUCAAGGGCUCCAUUUUAAUCCUGUCAUACUUCGUCGUCGUUGUCGGCUUCUACUUUGCUGGCUUUACCGACCUUGACAGGAUGGGCAUUGAUCCUGAUGAUCGUCUGGCUCUUGGUGGGCUGGUCAAGCAAGAGGUCCAGUCGAUGACCUUCAAAACUAUGGGCAGGAGCAAGACUGGAAUUGCCUACUAA